AAAUUCAUUAAACAUGUUAAAAAUUAAGAUGAACAUGUUACAUAAUAAGAUGAAUAUGUUAUAUAAUAAGAUGAAUAUGUUAGAUAACAAGAUGAACAUGUUACAUACUGAGAUAAACAUGUUGCAUUAUGUGAUGAAUAUGUUGCGUAAUACAUUGAAAAUGUUACAUAAUAAGAUGAAUAUGUUGGAUAAUAGGAUGAAUAUGUUAGAUAAUACUCAGAUGAACAUGUUUCUUUAUGAUAUGAAUAUGUUACAAAAUAAGAUGAAUAUGUUAGAUAAUACUCAGAUGAAGAUGAAUAUGUUGGAUAAUACUCAGAUAAUUUUUUUUUACCAUUAUGAGAUAAAUAUGUUGCAAAAUCCAUUAAACAUGUUAAAAAUUAAGAUGAUCAUGUUACAUAAUAAGAUGAAUAUGUUAUAUAAUAAGAUGAACAUGUUGCAUUAUGUGAUGAAUAUGUUGCGUAAUACAUUGAAAAUGUUACAUAAUAAGAUGAAUAUGUUGGAUAAUAGGAUGAAUAUGUUAGAUAAUACUCAGAUGAACAUGUUUCAUUAUGAGAUGAAUAUGUUACAAAAUAAGAUGUAUAUGUUAGAUAAUACUCAGAUGAAGAUGAAUAUGUUGGAUAAUACUCAGAUAAAAAAAUUUUACCAUUAUGAGAUGAAUAUGUUGCGAAAUCCAUUAAACAUGUUAAAAAUUAAGAUGAACAUGUUACAUAAUAAGAUGAAUAUGUUAUAUAAUAAGAUGAAUAUGUUAGAUAACAAGAUGAACAUUUUACAUACUCAGAUGAACAUGUUGAAUUAUGUGAUGAAUAUGUUGCGUAAUACGUUGAAAAUGUUGCAUAAUAAGAUGAAUAUGUUGGAUAAUAUGAUGAAUAUGUUAGAUAAUACUCAGAUGAACAUGUUUCAUUAUGAGAUGAAUAUGUUACAAAAUAAGAUGAAUAUGUUAGAUAACAAGAUGAACAUGUUGCAUUAUGUGAUGAAUAUGUUGCGUAAUACAUUGAAAAUGUUACAUAAUAAGAUGAAUAUGUUGAAUAAUAGGAUGAAUAUGUUAGAUAAUACUCAGAUGAACAUGUUUCAUUAUGAGAUGAAUAUGUUACAUAAUAAUAUGAAUAUCUGCCGUCCGCACGGUCAGUCCAAUCAGCCAGCGCCGCAGCCACCAGGCAGCGCCCGUGUGCGCAGCAUAGGCAGGCCGCUGGUCGAGCCAGCACCCGACUGCCCGGUUCAGCAGACCGACAGUCCGGUCCAGACCGACUGGACCGGUUUAGUCAGUAUUCUUCAGUUUCAGUCCCGGUUCAUGAUUUCAGUGUCAUUUUCAGUUAAAAUUCCGGGUUCAGUUCA